AUGCCCAAGCAACGCCAAACCUGUACGCGAUGCAGCCAACGCCGGCAAAAGUGCGACCGCAGCAAGACGGGAAAGGCACCGUGCAGCCGAUGUGUGCAGAACAACGAAGGCCACCUGUGUAGUACGACAUGGGCCGGAGGCUACGACCCAUCUGUACAUCGAAAGUACCCCAGGAAAUCUUCACCGAGUGCGUCAUGGCCCGCAAGCAGCGAGACCGCAUCUUCGCUAGACACUCCACCGGCCAUGCAGCCUGUUGAGCAGCUCAGGCUGCCAGCUUUAACUCCUGAUAUUCAAACCCCAUCACGUGGUCGCGAUCCAGCCUUGCCCCCGCACUUCAGAUCACAGACAUUGCUGGCUGGCCCUCUAUCCGCUGUGGGACCAGAAGCUCUGUCGGCGGGCGCUUCUCGGUAUCCGGACAUCACAAUUGGCGCACUAAUAUCAGAAAAAGAUGUAUCGACGCCAAACCUACUGGACCAAGAGUCCAAGAACACGCGACUGCAGGAGACCCCCUUCACUGAGAAGGUCGGAACUGCAGCAAACUCUACCAGCUGCUUCUCGCCUGCUGCGAGAGCAGUCGAGUCGAUGCAAAUGCAGUCCCUCUUGCCUCCCGUUGAGAAAAUCGCUCAGAUCGUAGAAUAUCACGAACAAUACUUGACGUACUGGGCUGGUGGCCUAUAUCAUGGCCCUAGCUUCAGGAAACAACUGCAAAAAGCUUGCAAUCAGUCGGGAAAGCUAGACCUGUUGACGGUAGAUUGGCGGUGGACCGCUUUGCUCUUCUCCAUCCUCUCUUCCGGUCUCAUUGGAGCACCGGAAGGCGUGUCGCUCGAGUGGGGCUUCACCAUCGAGGAGAAAGUCCGAUUGUCACGCUUGUGGGGAGCCGCAACUGUGACCUGUCUAAACCUCGGUGACUACACUUCACGAUAUCAUCUGAACUCGGUGCAGGCCAUCUUUAACCUGCACGGUUUCGAGCACCUCGUUGGGUCGUCGAAUCAAUGGGCUGCAUUACGUAGCGUGGCAAUGGUGAUUGCACGAGGUUUGAACCUGCAUAGGCUCAGUGCGCAUCCCGACGACCAAAGGCUACCGUACCUGAACGAGGAACAGAAGGAGGCUUUUAUCGAGCGCGAGAUUGGUCGUCGGGUCUGGUAUACCGCAGCGACCCAGGAGUGGCUGUGCUCGAGCUCUCAAACUUUCCCAGGAUACAAUGUUCAACGGAAGCACUUUACUACCGCAAAGCCGGCUAUCUUCGACGAGGACACGAUCAUGCCUGUCGAGGAAGGCACGCCGACUUUUGCCGUGAUCGGAAACUACUUCUUCGAGUACGCCUUUCUACUGCUCCAGUUCGGGGAUGCAAUGCUGGAUGCCGAGGACCUGGACGAGCAGUCGAGGUACAACUUAAUUUUGAAGUGGGAUGGAGAGCUACGAGCAAACUACGCAGACACACUUCCCAAGUGCUUGUCGCAUCGGACACCCCUCCAGCCUCACUGGCCGAAAUGGGUCAGCUGGGCGCGAAGACUACAUGAAGCGUCCUGUAGCCACAAGAUCAUUAUGAUCCACCAGAGCUUCCUCAACAAGAGCUUCAAGGACGUCCGGUACACCUACAGCCGGUGGGCGUGCGCGACAGCAGCAAGGCACGUACUUUCACUGUACCCCAAACGAGAACCCGAUGAGCCACAGUUUUGGGUCGAACAAGCCUUCUGCAUCACAGCCGGCAUCUGCCUGAUCCUCGAUUUGUUUCAUCGCUCCGAAAUCAACGCAGAGGCGCAGGAGUAUCUUGCUUGCGUAAAGCGUGCUGUCGUGUAUCUGGCAUCCUUCCCAACUAGCUCAGUUGCGAAUCACGGUGUGCGGGUACUAACCUCUCUACUGCAAGAGUACUCCAAGAAGUCCGAGACUGCGAGGAGCUUGACUCAGCCGAGAGCUCAUUCUCAAGUCCCGUCAACCCAGGCACCUCAAACUCCGGCAGGGUUUGACGAUGUUUCGCUCGCGGAGGCUACGCUCCUGCCUCCAGCCCUUCCCUCCAACCCCGAGGUCCCUCUAUCAAGCGAAGCGACGGCGGCAUUCAACUUCGACAUCGACAUGAUGGAGUUUGAAGACCUUUUGGACAAUCUGCCUACCAAGAUGGGGGUUGAUGGCAAUGUCUUCUAUGACAGCAUGCUAUCCGCAGCAAACGGACAGUUUAAUGGAGGCUGGUAG